AUGAUUUGGGUCUGGCCCAGGUGCUGGUUGCUCACAGGCACAGGUUGCAGCUACAGCUGAAGCCUGCUCCCGAGGGUGCCAGUAGCGAGUAGGCGAGCGAGCUGGGGGUUCACAGGCAGCGUCCCAGGCGGGCGGGGGCCCGGCGGGCGUGCGGGGAGGUGCAGGCUUCAGGCUGGGGCGGAUCCUUCGCCUCCGGCUGCCGUAGGACCGCGGGGCCGCCGCUCCAUCGGCGACAUCUUGGUGAAGGACGCGCUGGUGGUAACGCUGGACACCCUGUAGCUGCAGCGCCAAGAUCUCUGCUGACCUCCGGAGCGCGCAGGAUCGAACGCGCAGGAGGUAAGGCUGCUGCUCCCGGAGUCCAGUCCCCACUCCCCACCUAGGAGGGUGCUUGGGGACCUAGAUACCCAGCCUCGCCACCCUGAGUCCGGUAGUCUACACCUCUACCCCUACCCAGUGGAGCCGACCCCAGAUUAGCACCCACGAGUACCACUCCUCUUAGCUAGGUCGCGUCUCCUGGAAGCCCUCCUGGAACCCCGCCCCCGCGGCUACCUGAACCACCGGUCCCUCCCGGCCCGAGACUCCGCCCCCGCCAGGACUCCGCCCCUCUCCCAGAAUCACCCCGUCACAGACCCGCCCCCUUCCCGCCCUUGCUUGCCCCAGCCUCCGCCCUCCGGUCCGGGCGGGGCUCUGGGUUUGAACGGCGCGGCGGGCCGGGCCUCUGAGUCGGGUCGAGCCCAAAGGCGGCGGCGCAGAGCGGGCAGUCUGCGGCGCGCGGCACCAUGUCCCCGGGCAGUGGGGUGAAGAGCGAGUACAUGAAGCGCUACCGGGAGCCGCGCUGGGACGAGUAUGCGCCGUGCUACCGCGAGCUGCUGCGCUACCGCCUGGGCCGCCGGCUGCUGGAGCAGGCGCACGCGCCCUGGCUCUGGGACGCCUGGGGCCCGGACAGCCCCUCAGACAGCUCGGCUUCACCCAGUCCGGCGCCCAGGGAUCCUUUAGGGGAGCCCUUGGCGUCCUCCGCGCGGGAGGAGGAGCAGACGGUGGGGGAGCGCGGCGCGGAGCUGCGGGGCGCGGAGGUUGGGGACGCGGAGGAGCAGGACACAGUGCUACCAGCACCACCAAAAAAGGACACAGAAGGAAAACCCGAACAACAGACUGCGACAAGAGAGACUGACAGGGUGGCCCCUGGCCCCGACCCUCGACAGCAGCCUAGUGCCUUAUUUGCCAGAGGAAGUAAGAAAGCAGCCAGAAGCCCCCAAAGAUCAGCAAGCAAAAUAAAAGAGAACAAGCACCCAUUUGCUCUGUAUGGCUGGGGAGAGAAACAGAUGGACACGGGGAGCCAGAAGACGCACAACGUCUGUGCAUCAGCCCCUGUGCAUGAGAUUCAUGAAUCUGCACUUCGAGCCAAGAACAGAAGACAGGUGGAAAAAAGGAGAUUGGCUGCCCAGAGGCAGCGGGCUCACUCCGUGGAUGUGGAGAAGAACCGGACGGUAAAGCCAACUUCCGCAGAGAACCCAUGGCUGACGGAGUACAUGCGGUGCUACUCAGCCAGGGCCUAGAUGCUGGCACAUCCUCUUUCAAGUGUUUAUGAGAGAAAAGGAAAACCAAAACCGUCAAAUGAGACCACGUAUGGGUGGCAGAAAUCAACUGGUCCUGCAAGGCUCCUCUUAGGAAUUUUCAAGAGAUGGUUUUGCUUUCGUGAUGGUUGGUCACCUGCCUUAGUAGUUAGGGCAGACUCUCGAAGCCAUAGAUGUUGGCUUGUUUAUGAAGACAAGUCCCCAAGUCUUGAUAUUCUUGUAAGAGUUUUAUUUUAAAGAUUUUAACCUUUGGAGAUACCCACACCGAAUGCCUUUAACUGGCUCUAGGCGCUCCCACCCACACCCUCCUCUCGCAUGGUCCGAGCUGUCCUUUUUGAUCAGCACCACAUUCCACAGCUGGCAGGGGCAUCCCGUCCCACAGUGCAGGGCUCACAGGCACGACGUCUGUGCAGCUGGCCUCAGGGAGCAGCAAGGAAAGCAAGGGCACAAGCGUGAGAUGAUGCUGUUUCCGAUGAAUUAGGACUUUGGCAGCUGCUGAGCAAUGGCACUGGACAUUUCAUUUCUCCUCACCUCCAUGUAGACUAUGAUAUUUAAGAAUUUUUCUGGCCAGAGCAAUGGUCACCUUUUCUUCUUAAAUUGUCACUUAGACAUUCAUUUAACUUAUAAUUUAGUAGUUCUGGGACAUUCCAGUGAGUGACGUGACGUGCAGUCCGUGUCUAAUGGUGACAUUUCUUUUGAGUCAGCGUCAUAGUCUUUUAACUGCAGCAUUUCUCGUUAGAGUACACAGGGUAGAGUCAGCCGCUCGUUAAGUCUGACCUGCCAAGCCCCUCUCCGGAGAGAGCAGACGAUGAUAUGGAAAACCUGAAAUUCGAAAUGACCUUUAAUGAACUGAGUUUGCUUGGGCUGUGGGGAUGGGACCAGCAGACAGCACGAGUGUGCCAUCACCUCCCUUUGCUUUCCCUUCCGUAGACCGUGAUGAAGGAAGGCUUCAUGAUGCACGGUGCUGAUAGUGUAGGCUGAAAAUGUGACGACUCAGUGCUGCCCAACUAUGGACAACAGGGCAUGUGCCAGCCUGGCUGGGAAUGUCCUUCCUCUAGUAGAGGACAACUGUCAGGGUUAAAAAGAUGGUUUUAAAAAAACCUAGGUUUCCAUGAGAUGGGUGCCUUCUCCAUCCUGCUGAAGGGACGCUCAGAAGACGAGCACCAUGUUCUUCCUGAGAGGCAGGGAGAUCUUUUGCCCACACCCACUCAGCAGCUGAGUUUGUUGGGUAAAACUGGGCGUGUGGCUGAGCCUUUCCGUGAUAUUUUUCCUUUGGCUUUUUGAGUAUGAUAAUUUCUAGAACACAAACUGAUUUCAUUCCAUAUAAAAUCAUCACACGAUGUCAUCCUAAAACUGUAUGAAGCUUUGAAAAUGCAUACUGAAGAAUCAUGAGUGUUUUAAAAAAACUUUAAAAAUAUUUGCCUAUUUUGUAUAGACCCUUGUGUACAGAGCCCUCCCAGUGAGGUGUGUAUUUAAUUAAAGAGUAAGUUCUACAUGUUG